GGGGGACAAAUGUGUGUCCUGAUUUUGUUAAGUUUUUUUUUUUUUCUUGCUGAACAUGGAGGGUACCACUGCCCAACUCUUAAGAUUUUCUCUAGCACUUUUUGGCUUUUGUGUCCAUGGGCAUAUUGGAAGUGUUGGUGGCUUUAGCAGUGGAGGUUAUCCUGGGUACUAUGAGGCUGGCCUCCCAAUGCAGGAUGAUGUGAAGCAGCAAAGUUCCAGCUGGUAUGACCAAGGAGAUGUAUCGGAUCCCUUUAGGCCACUAAGAUCCAAGAAUUUCACUUAUGGUGCUACAGUUAAUGGUGAAUAUAGCAGUGUAAGCUAUAGCCCUCAAACUGGCUCCUAUGGCUCUGGUCCAGUGACUAGUGUAUAUAACAUUGGUUCUGAAUCUGAUGUUAGAAGGCAAAAUCCAGGCUCUGAUAUCUUCAGGUGGCAGUUUUGUUUCUGGUUCUCUAGCCACUGCAUUGAGUACAAGUGUGAGAAGUAAGACCGUACCCAAGCCAGCACAGCUUAACUAUCAAACUGUAGUGCAGACUAGUAAGGAGUCUGUGGCCUUUAAUAGCCAGCAACCAGUGCAGACUGGCUCACAGUCCAGUGGUCAACUGUUAGCUAAUGCCCAGUCCUUUGUCAAGCCCCAGAGAAGUAGACUAGUUGGUUCCAAGCUAUUUUCUGGUGGCAGGCCCAUCCCGAGUUCAAAUCUUGGCCAGCAGUCAGCACAAGCCAGCUACCAAACCGUGUCCCAGCCUAGUGGACCGGCUGGUUACCAGGCUCCAUCACAACCCAGCAGCCUACAGUCAGCACAAGCCAGCUAUCAGUCUUUGCCCCAACCUAGUGCUCUGCAGUCAGCUCAAGCCAACUACCGGUCUAUGCAACAGCCCAGUAGACAAAAACCAGGACUGACCCGAUACCAGCCUGUCUCUCAACCCAGUGGCCUGCAGUCAGCACAAGCCAGCUACCAGUCUGUGCCCCUACCUAGUGGCCUGCAGUCAGCACAAGCCAACUACCAGUCAGCACAAGCUCACUACCCAUCUGUGUCCCAGCCCAGUGGCCAAUCUGUGUCUCUUCAGCCUGGAUUCCAGCUCCCUUCUAUGCUAGAGCAGUCAAGUUAUGCGUCUCUUUCCAGUUUUGGUUCCCAACCCCUAGAGCAACCCAGUAAUGUACAACUUGCUUCAAGCUAUGAGUCUGUGUUGCAGCCUGACCCUCAGGAUACAGCACCACUGCGCUCCCAGACUACUCAAAACGAGCGCUUCUCACCAGGCAUGUUGAGGCUGUUGCAGCAAGUGAAGUCAUGAUUUUUUUUUUUUUUUUCUCUCUAACAAUAAAUAUCACGAACUUUG